AAAGACACCACCACCAUCACAAAAAGAAAAGUAAAAGAAGAAAGACACCUCCAUUAUCUCCGACUUCACUGCCUUUCUCACCUUUAUAAAAUGCCCCGAGCUCUUCUCUUGUUCUUCCCUCUCCUUUCCUCUUCCUCCUCCUCCUCCUCCUCCUCCUUCUGCCUUGUUCGCUUCUUGAUCUUCUCUCUUGCAUCCGCCAUUAAUGGAGGACUCAUCGAGCUGCUUCCUGCUCUACAAGGCCGCCCUGGUGUUCGCCAUCAUCAGGUGGGCCCUUUCCUGGGCCUCUAAGCUCCGCAGCCGAAGCCAAUCCCCGCCCUCCCCCGCCCCUUCUGCCUCCAAGGUCUCCGCCCGGAGGAUCCGGCAGAACCUGGCUUUGACCAACUACGGCGACAUCAUGGUCCGGCACGGCCAUGGCCGACCGGGGUGCGAAACGUGCGCGGUGUGCCUGUCCCUUCUCGGGGAGGCCGACGAGGUCCGGGAGCUCAGAAACUGCUCCCAUGUGUUCCACCGGGAGUGCAUCGACCGGUGGGUCGAUCACGACCGUCCGGAUGAUCUCGAUCUUGGCCGUGAUUGCGAUGAUGGCGACGAUGACGAGAACAGCAGCAAUCACCGGUCGUGCCCGCUUUGCCGGGCCCCACUUUUGGCCCCCUCCCAGUGGGUUGACCGGUGGGCCCAGCCCGAUCCGGAGCCCAGCUGGGCCGUCGAGAGGAUCUUGUACCUGUUCGGGGAUGAUCUGCUCUAUUGAGCAGUGAGCACACGCCUCGUAAACAGUCCGAUGCACCGCGACGAUCAACGUCGGCGUUUGAUGGAUGGUGAUGCCGUCUGUCUGGGCCCACCGUUAUAAGUGCCGUCAUCAACGUCGGCGUUCGAUGGAUGGUGAUGCCGUCCGCGCGGGCCCACCGUUAGAAGUGCCGUUUCACACUUAGAACAUUAUUGCCUGGGCUAGGACAGGACCGGACCACGAAUUCGAAGAGCUGAGAUUCACGGGGUAUAAUUCAGAGCGGGACUAGGCUACAAUUUUUUGCAGUCUAGAACUAGAAUUGUAAUUUGUAAAUUCAUUUUCUCUUUUCUCUUUCUGGGAUAUUGUGGUGUGGGUAUCUGUAUAAAAAAAAAGAAAAAGAAAAAGAAAAAAAAGAUGGUAGGGAAAAUAUUAUUUUAGAAGGAUUUGAUUGGUAAGUCUAGGGGAUGAUGAUAUGAUGAAUUUACUAGGGGAUUCCAUGCUUCAAGCUGGGCACAUUCACUGCUCCAAUCAAGGAAUGGCUACAUUACAACGUUACUUCCUCUCAACCAUCGCACUUACACAUUCCUUGAGGUAUAGUAUUCACAUUCGAUAUCCAGCACCUCUAGAAGAAUAAAAAUUCCCAAGUUUUCUCAUCAAAAUCCCUUCACAGUAACUUAAUUGAUCUUACCAUCCAAGCUGCGGCUGAAUACUAUGCCACUCAAGCGAAGCCUUCCCCAAAGCCUCGCUUGACAAUCCGUGUCCGUUGGGAAGCACCUCCUGAUGGCUACUACAAACUUACUUCUGAUGGUUGCUCGAAAGGAAUUCCAAAAACCAUUGGAGCCGGGGGAAUCAUUCAAGAUUCCUUGGGCAGAUGGGUCAGGGGAUUUUGUAUGAAUCUCGGGUGCUCAACAAGUCCCAUUGCUAAAGCUUAAAGCCCUACGACAAGGAUUGAUUAUGGCUAAGGAGGGCGCCAUCAGUAACUUGAUUGUAGAGAUCGACGCUGAAUUGAUCUUAAGCUGGGUCUGGGGAAAUUCAAGCAACAAGGUGCUAACGAACUUGAUUGAUGAUUGCAGGGGCAUGUGUCGACAUUUGAUGCGAUCAUUCCCAGGCAUACCUAUAGGGAAGCCAAUAAAUGCACUGAUCAUCUCACCAAUCUUGAAGCCGAGCAACUUGACUAUCUUGUUACCUUGCCUCUUUCUCCUCCUUCCAUUAGGCAGAUUUUAUUUGAUGACAUUAGGGGUUUUUCAACCCCUGUACUGUAAGCGCUAUGUGCGCGGAUGAUUAAUUUCUAAUGCAUUCUAUUAUUCACCAAAAAAAAAAAAGAAAUUGAGAAAUUGUCGGCUUGGACUGUCGGCUGUAAAUACAUAAAUUAAAAUUUAAUCCAUUGCUAUCA